ACAUACAGCGGAGGUCAUCCAGGGCUGUGGGUUGGUAAGAGAUUGAUGGAGAUCCAGAAGCAAAAUGGAGAUGGAAUUAAGCAAAAUUGAUUUUUCCACAUCUGACUUGAAGAAGAAGAAGAAGAAAAAGAAAAAUUCCAGAGAGAGCGAAAGUAAGGAAGAGAAUGUCGAGAUGAGCAAGGAAGAUUUCGGAGGCUCUCCUUCACUUUUUGAAGAGGAACUUUCUCAGAAAGCUCAGGAUCAGAAAAAAGGGUCACAUUCCCAGCAACACAGUCCUGGUAUUUUGGCCGAGUCAGAUGUCUGUAAUGAAACGGAAAAAAAAUCUAAGAAGAAAACAAAGAAAAAAAUGGGGUACGUAGAAGAGAAUGAAGGGGUAUUAUGUGUUCUUGUGGAUAAAGGAAAUGAGACACCAGGCAAGGAUAGCUUUCAAGAGGAUGUUGAUGUUUAUGUAGAAAUGAAAAAGGAGAAAAAUAAAUUGUUCGCAAAACCAGAUGAAGAAAAUGAACUGCACUUGGCCCUUAAAUCUGAUAAAGAAGAGCUGAACCACAAAAUCAAGGAAAAAAAGAAGAAAAAACCAAGAAAUGCAAAUGAAGUCCCUGAUGAAAGCUCUCUGAUGCCGUUGUCAGAUUCACAAGGGCGUGAGUCUGAACUUUCUUUUCAAAAGGAGGAAGAGUUUAGAGAACGAUUAAUGUCUGCCGGAGCCAAUAGAGUGACAGACCCGAAGAAAAGAAAGAGGAAGUCUUUGGAAAAAAAGGACGCAGACUCUACUGGGGAUCUUUUGAUAACUGAUGAAAGCCGUCUGAAUGAACCUGGGGUUGUUAAUGUUAACGGCCCUGAUGCUUUAGAGGGUGAUGGUGCCACUAAUGAAGAGAUCAAGGAACCUGCCAGAAAAAAGUUAAAAUUCAAGAGAAGGUAUUUAAAUGAAAAGGACACAGUGUCUCCUGAGGAUUUUUCAGAUCCCAGUGAGGGCCCUCAGCAAUUACUUGCUGACCAAACAGAUAUUGUAAACAGAAUUGAUGAUUUUGAUAUUUCAGCCUGUGAGAGCAUGGAACUUUCCAGCAAAAAAAGAAAAAAGUCUUCAAAGAAAAAUAAAAUGGGAUCCGGGGAUUUGCCCGAGAAUGUCAAAAGCUCAGUGAAUAUACUUGCUGACCAACCACAAGUAGCCAGUUUUGAUUCUUUAUGUCAAGAGAGAAACCUUAAUGGAGAAAUCGAGGGCCCUCAGCAAUUACCUGCUGACCAAACAGAUAUUGUAAACGGAAUUGUUGAUUUUGAUAUUUCAGCUUGUGAGAGUAUGGAACUUUCCAGCAAAAAAAGAAAAAAGUCUUCAAAGAAAAAUAAAAUGGGAUCCGGGGAUUUGCCCGAGAAUGUCAAAAGCUCAGUGAAUAUACUUGCUGACAAACCACAAGUAGCCAGCUUUGAUUCUUUAUGUCAAGAGAGAAACCUUAAUGGAGAAAUGGAGGGCCCUCAGCAAUUACUUGCUGACCAAACAGAUAUUGUAAACGGAAUUGAUGAUUUUGAUAUUUCAGCUUGUCAGAGUAUGGAACUUUCCAGCAAAAAAAGAAAAAAGUCUUCAAAGAAAAAUAAAAUGGGAUCCGGGGAUUUGCCCGAGAAUGUCAAAAGCUCAGUGAAUAUACUUGCUGACGAACCACAAGUAGCCAGCUUUGAUUCUUUAUGUCAAGAGAGAAACCUUAAUGGAGAAAUCGAGGACCCUCAGCAAUUACCUGCUGACCAAACAGAUAUUGUAAACGGAAUUGAUGAUUUUGAUAUUUCAGCUUGUGAGAGUGUGGAACUUUCCAGCAAAAAAAGAAAAAAGUCUUCAAAGAAAAAUAAAAUGGGAUCCGGGGAUUUGCCCGAGAAUGUCAAAAGCUCAGUGAAUAUACUUGCUGACGAACCACAAGUAGCCAGCUUUGAUUCUUUAUGUCAAGAGAGAAACCUUAAUGGAGAAAUCGAGGGCCCUCAGCAAUUACUUGCUGACCAAACAGAUAUUGUAAACGGAAUUGAUGAUUUUGAUAUUUCAGCUUGUCAGAGUGUGGAACUUUGCAGCAAAAAAAGAAAAAAGUCUUCAAAGAAAAAUAAAAUGGGAUCUGGGGAUUUGCCUGAGAAUGUCAAAAGCUCAGUGAAUAUACUUGCUGACCAACCGCAAGUAGCCAGCUUUGAUUCUUUAUGUCAAGAGAGAAAUCUUAAUGGAGAAAUCGAGGGCCCUCAGCAAUUACUUGCUGACCAAACAGAUAUUGUAAACGGAAUUGAUGAUUUUGAUAUUUCAGCUUGUCAGAGUGUGGAACUUUCCAGCAAAAAAAGAAAAAAGUCUUCAAAGAAGAAUAAAAUGGGAUCCGGGGAUUUGCCCGAGAAUGUCAAAAGCUCAGUGAAUAUACUUGCUGACCAACCACUAGUAGCCAGCUUUGAUUCUUUAUGUCAAGAGAGAAAUCUUAAUGGAGAAAUCGAGGGCCCUCAGCAAUUACUUGCUGACCAAACAGAUACUGUAAACAGAAUUGAUGAUUUUGAUAUUUCAGCUUGUGAGAGUAUGGAACUUUCCAGCAAAAAAAGAAAAAAGUCUUCAAAGAAAAAUAAAAUGGGAUCUGGGGAUUUGCCUGAGAAUGUCAAAAGCUCAGUGAAUAUACUUGCUGAUCAACCACAAGUAGCCAGCUUUGAUUCUUUAUGUCAAGAGAGAAACCUUAAUGGAGAAAUCGAGGGCCCUCAGCAAUUACUUGCUGACCAAACAGAUAUUGUAAAUGGAAUUGAUGACUUUGAUAUUUCAGCUUGUGAGAGUGUGGAACUUUCCGGCAAAAAAAAGAAAAAGUCUUCAAAUAAAAAUAAGAUGGGAUCUGGAGAUUUGCCCAAGAAUGUCAAAAGCUCAGUGAAUAUACUUGCUGACCAACCACAAGUAGCCAGCUUUGAGUCUUUAUGUCAAGAGAGAAACCUUAAUGGAGAAACCGAAGAACCUAUCAGGAAAAAGAAGACAAAGUCAAAGAAAACUAAAAAGUCUUCCAGUGAGAAAGACCUGGAAUCUACUGAAGGUUUUUCAGAGCCAACUGAGAGGUCUCCAAUAAUGCUUACUCACAAAACAGAACCGAUCAGCGAUACGAUGGAGUGUAGUGAUGUCCUUAGGGAAGAAAAACCAGCCAAGAAAAAGAAGAAAAAAAAAUCUUCUGAAAACGAAGGUUUGGAAAACGAUGAAAGGUUAGAACUGCCCACACCUAUGGACAAGACAGAAGAUGCCGCGGAAUUAGCUGAAAGAGAUGAGAUUGAAAGUUUCUCUGAGGACUUAGAAAAUUUUGAGUUUGAUAUGGAGACUGCAGUGAAGCAACUUGAGGAGUUUGUUCCGGAUGUUAAAGAAAAGGCAGAGGAGACAAUUAAGCAGAUGAUCAGGGAUGAUUUGCAACGAUUUCAGGAAUUUAAAGCCAAAGGAAUCCCUAUUAAGUACGGCAAGUUUUCUGUGAGGGAAAACCAACAAUUACGGAAGAACGUUGAGAACUUCCUAGCAAUGACGGGAAUCGAGAACGCGGACAAGCUCCUGCACACGGACCGCUAUCCGGAGGAGAAAAGUGCCAUCACCAAUUUAAAGAGAAAGCACUUACUCAGAUGGCACAUUAGUGAAGGGAUUGCCCGUCCUUGGAAACUGGUUUAUUAUCGGGCAAAGAAGAUGUUUGAUGUUAAUAACUAUAAAGGCAGGUACACCAAAGAAGAUACUCAGAUGUUACGGAAAUACCAGGCCAUGCAUGGGAACAACUGGAAGAAGAUUGGUGACCUGGUGUCUCGCAGUAGGCUUUCUGUGGCCCUGAAGUUCUCACAGUUGAAUAGCGCAGUAAAUCAUGGUCCUUGGAGUAAAGAAGAAACCCGGAAACUGAUCCAGGCCGUUGAAGAAAUAAUUCUGAGGAAGUUGUCUCCUGCGGAUUUAAAUGAGAUGGAUGCCCAGUUACAGGAUGAAAAACCUACCAACCGCCUGUUGAUUGUGCGGAAAAAACUUUACAAGGGCAUAUCCUGGGUAGAGGUAGAAGCCAAAGUGGGAACAAGAAGCUGGAUGCAGUGUAAAAGUAAGUGGCCUGAAAUUCUAACCAAGAGGAUGAACAACGGUGGGAUGGUGUAUCGGGGGGUCCAUGCUCUGCGGGCCAAAAUCAAUCUUAUUGACAGAUUAUAUGAAAUGAACGUAGAGGAUGCUAAUAAUAUCAACUGGGAAGAACUCACUGACACCAUAGGUGAUGUUCUUCCAUGCUAUGCUCAAUCCAAAUUUUACAAGCUGAAGACUACCUGUGUCCCCUUUUGGCAAAAAAUGACUUUCCCAGAAAUUAUAGAUUACCUCUAUGAGACCAGCCGUCCAAUCCUCAAGGAGAAACUAGAGAAGAAACUAAAGAGGGAAGGCCAGGAGCUCCAGGACCCUGCCAAGCCAAGACAAGUUUUUCGAUUUAAGGACAUUUUUUAUUAUGACAGUGACGAUGACGUUGAAAAUGGCUUUGAAACUAAGUAAGGAUUCCGCUUCAGAUCCUGCCUUCUACCCUUUUCUUUUCCCAAGUCGGCAGUGGACAGUUGAGUCUUCAGACUCAAGCGUCCGUCAUUUUGCAAGGAAAUCUGAUGGCGACUAAGGGGAUGAUCGCUCUGUUUUCUGCAUGAUACUCAAAUGGCAGACAAAAUGCCUCCAUUAGCACACAGGACGCAAAAAUUGUAGGCCGUGGACUGAAAUGACAUUUUUAUCUUUAACAAAUGAACUUGCUUCGUCUUGUAAAAGUUGAUUGGCGUGUUGUCCUGUAAUUAAAAUUAUUUUGAACAAGUAGAGCAGCAUUGCAAUGUAGUACGCAUUGAUCCAUUCCCUGUUCGUUCUGGGUUUAAGAUGAAAUUGUGAAAGAUUAAAUGUUUUUGAGAGAAGACUCUACCUGAAUAUUUUCAUUUAUUAAAGAUAAUUCUGUUUUGGA